CACCCCCCCUCGAAUGCAUCCCUUCUUCUUUAUACUCUCUCUCUCAUGCAUUAACCACAGCCAUUGUCAUUGUAUUGGUGCUAAUAGAGGAAGAGGAAGAGGAGGAAGAGGAAGAGGAGGAGAAGGAAGAGGAGGAGGGGGAAAAGGAGGAGGAGGAAGAGGAGUAGGAGGAGUGGUGGCGGAGCAUAUUCGCAUUGUUCUGUUUUUCGGAGUUGUGUGUGCGGCUGUGUGAGAGUGUGAGAGUGGGGAGGCUAUGGUGUUGCCGGGUUAAGCAGGAUGUUGACGAGUAGGUAACGGGGAGGUGAUUGACAGUGGGAGGCGAAGGGGGCGUAGCAGCAGAAGCAGCAGUAAGAGGAAAAAGCGUGUUGAGGCACCAGCUCUGAGUUGUUAAAUACGACAUUGAAGGAUGGCAUUCACGGCAGCCACAUCGCCCCUGUGCACUUGGUUAAUAGCUGCCUGUGUAACCAAUUCUGUAGCAGGGCUUACUGGUAAUGAUGCUCCUGUGAGCUCAGGGCCUCUGGGUAGAAGACUGAAGAGGAGAAUUGCUCGCUCAAAGCAAUUGACGGCAGAAAGCUGGUUAGGUAUUGGUGUUCAAGCAGCAAGUCGGUCAGGCCAAAGUUUAGUAGCAUUCUGUGAAUCUGGUCUUUCAGAAUUAGGAACAUUUUGUAGUCUUCAGGGAUUCAAAGAGUGCAACAAUUUGAAGCAGGAGUCUCUCUUUGGGGAUGGCUUUUUUGGGGAGAGUCUGCGAGGUUUGCGAGGUUUGCGAGGUUCCGGUUCAAAGUCUAUAAGAGCUGGCCGAAGAGCUGUAGCAGCAGGAAAGGCUUCAGCUGUUGUAGUCCAACCAGCGAAGGAGUCAGAGCAGAAGAAAAAUAAAAAAACUGCAACCAAGCAAAGAAGGGUUGUGGUGACUGGUAUGGGUUUGGUAUCUUGUCAUGGUCAUGACCCUGAUACAUUCUAUGAGAACUUAUUGACGGGGAAAAGUGGGAUCACUGAGAUAGAGAGAUUUGACUGCAGAGAUUUUCCAACUAGGUUUGCUGGAGAAAUUAAGUCCUUUUCGACGGAGGGCUGGGUGGCUGGAAAGUUCGCCAGGCGCAUGGAUAGGUUCAUGCUAUACCUUCUUACAGCAGGAAAAAAAGCUGUGAUGGACGCGGACAUUUCAGAAGAAGUCAUGAAAGACUUGGAUAAGUCAAAAUGUGGUGUUCUCAUUGGUUCUGCAAUGGGAGGGAUGCAGGUAUUUAAUGAUGCCAUAGAGGCAUUACGGGUUUCGUAUCGAAAGAUGAACCCUUUCUGCGUUCCUUUUGCAACUACCAAUAUGGGCUCAGCUAUGCUAGCAAUGGAUCUGGGGUGGAUGGGACCCAACUAUUCCAUUUCAACAGCUUGUGCCACAAGCAAUUUUUGUAUGCUUAGUGCCGCAAAUCACAUCAUCAGAGGUGAAGCUGAUGUGAUGUUGUCAGGAGGUUCGGAUGCUGCCAUUAUUCCCAUUGGUCUUGGCGGAUUUGUUGCUUGCAGAGCCCUUUCUCAGCGCAACGAUGAUCCAGCCAAAGCUUCUCGUCCUUGGGAUAAGAAUCGGGAUGGAUUUGUUAUGGGAGAGGGUGCAGGCGUUCUCCUGCUGGAGGAGUUGGAACAUGCCAAGACACGGGGAGCAGAGAUAUAUGCAGAGUUUCUCGGAGGAAGCUUCACUUGUGAUGCUUAUCACAUGACAGAGCCCCACCCAGAAGGUGCUGGAGUACUCCUUUGCAUAGAAAAGGCCUUGGCUCAAUCAGGAGUAAACAAGACUGAUGUCAACUAUGUGAAUGCUCAUGCAACUUCAACAAAAGCUGGUGAUCUGCAGGAGUACAAGGCUCUUAUGAAAGCUUUUGGUGGAAAUCCUGAGCUUAAAGUGAACUCCACUAAAUCUAUGGUGGGUCAUUUGCUUGGAGCCGCUGGUGCUGUAGAAGCUAUUGCAACAAUCCAGGCAAUCAGGAGUGGUUGGGUUCAUCCAACAAUCAACCUUGAGGAUCCAGAGAGUGAAGUGAAUCUCGGAGGAUUUCGCUGCGUAUCCGUUCCCCUCAAAUUCCUCAGUUGUUUGCAGUUGCCCAAUAUCGAUCUUGCCUGCAAAGGAUAUGAACGUGAUAGUUGGAGAUGAGAAGCAGAGAUUGGAUAUCAAAGUUGCUCUGUCGAACUCCUUUGGCUUUGGGGGUCAUAAUUCGUCAAUUCUAUUCGCUCCUUACGUGGAAGCCAAUGAGGAAGAGUGACGUAACACUCAUCUGUGGACGCACUUCCUCCUUCCCCAGGACUCCGAAAUGUUUUGGCUGUGAUCCUGUCCGACGCAAGAGUAAGAUACUGGCUCUGUUGCCUAUGCUAGAGAUUGGUUUAUCCAUCAAGGCUCUCUCUCAAAAUGAGCUACACCAACAUUACAAUGCUAAUCCUUCGUGUAAUUGAUCGCUGAAAUGAAACGUGUACAGAUCCAGAACUUUUUUUUCCGUAA